GCGGCGCUUCCUCAGGCGGUCCGCGGCGGCGGCCCGAGCGCCUCUCCCUCGCCGAGGUCGCGCGCCCCCUGCUCGGCCGGCCCCGGGCCCGCGUGGGAUCGUGCGUCCCCCCUCGUCCCUGAGGGGAAGGCACCGAGGCGGCGGCGGCCCGUCCCUCCCCCGCCGCACCCCGCCGGGCGCCAGCGGACAGCCGAGCCCCGCGGGCGGGCGGGCGGCGAAGAUGGCAGAGGCGCCGGUCUCGCCGGGCCCGCUCUCGCCGCUCGAAGUGGAGCUGGACCCGGACUUCGAGCCCCAGAGCCGGCCGCGCUCCUGCACGUGGCCCCUGCAGAGGCCGGAGCUCCAGGGCAGCCCGGCCAAGCCCUCGGGGGAGGCGGCCGCCGAUCCCGCGAUCCCGGAGGAGGACGACGACGACGAGGACGGCGGCGGGAGGGCCGGCUCGGCCAUGGCGAUCGGCGGCGGCGGCGCGCUGGGCUCCGCGCUGCUCCUCGAGGACCCGGCGCGGCUGCUGGCUCCCGGGGGGCAGGACUCGGGGUGCGGACUCGCCCCCGCGGCGGGCGCGCGGAGCGGGGGGACGCAGACGCCGCUGCAGCCUCAGCAGCCACUGCCGCCGCCGCAGCCGGGGGCGGCCGGGGGCUCCGGGCAGCCCAGGAAAUGCUCGUCGCGCAGGAACGCCUGGGGGAACCUGUCCUACGCCGACCUGAUCACUCGCGCCAUCGAGAGCUCCCCGGACAAGCGGCUCACGCUGUCCCAGAUCUACGAGUGGAUGGUGCGCUGCGUGCCCUACUUCAAGGAUAAGGGCGACAGCAACAGCUCCGCGGGCUGGAAGAACUCCAUCCGGCACAACCUGUCGCUGCACAGCCGCUUCAUGCGCGUGCAGAACGAGGGCACCGGCAAGAGCUCGUGGUGGAUCAUCAACCCCGACGGCGGCAAGAGCGGCAAGGCCCCGCGGCGGCGCGCCGUGUCCAUGGACAACAGCAACAGGUACGCCAAGAGCCGCGGCCGCGCCGCCAAGAAGAAGGCGGCGCUGCAGGCGGCCCCCGACGCGGCGGACGACAGCCCCGCGCAGCUCCCCAAGUGGCCCGGCAGCCCCGCGUCGCGCGGCGGCGACGAGCCAGACGCCUGGACGGACUUCCGCUCGCGCACCAACUCCAACGCCAGCACCGUGAGUGGCCGCCUGUCACCCAUCCUGGCAGGCGCCGAGCUGGACGACGCCGCGGAUGAGGAUGCGCCGCUGUCGCCCAUGCUGUACGGCAGCCCCACCAGCCUGUCGCCGUCGGUGAGCAAGCCGUGCGCCGUGGAGCUGCCGCGGCUCACAGAUAUGGCGGGCACCAUGAACCUGAACGACGGGCUGGCCGAUAGCCUCAUGGACGGCCUGCUGGACACCAUGGCCCUGCCGGCGGCACAGCCCGCGGCUGCGGCGCUGCUGCCGCGGAGCCCUGGCUUCCCCUACCCGGCCAAGGGUUCCGGCUUGGGCUCCCCGCCCAGCUCCUUCGGCGCUGCCACGUUCGGGCCCUCGGCGCUCGCCUCCCUGCGCCAGUCUCCCAUGCAGACCAUCCAGGAGAACAAGCCGGCCACCUUCUCGUCCCUGCCGCACUACGGCGCCCAGACGCUCCAGGACCUGCUCACGUCCGACUCGCUCAGCCACAGCGACGUCAUGAUGACCCAGUCGGACCCGCUGAUGUCCCAGGCCAGCAGCGCCGUGUCUGCCCAGAACUCGCGCCGGAGCGUGAUGCUCCGCAGCGACCCGAUGAUGUCCUUUGCCGCCCAGCCUGCCCAGGGCAGUUUGGUCGGUCAGAACUUGCUCCACCACCAGCACCAAGCCCAGGGCGCGCUCGGUGGCGGCCGUGCCUUGUCAAAUUCCGUCGGCGCCGUGGGCCCGAGCGACUCCAGCAGCCUGGGGUCCGCCAAGCACCAGCAGUCUCCCGUCAGCCAGUCUAUGCAAGCCCUCUCGGACUCCCUCUCAGGCUCCUCCCUGUACUCGGCCGGUGCAAACCUGCCCGUCAUGGGCCACGAGAGGUUCCCCAGUGACCUGGACCUGGACAUGUUCAACGGGAGCUUGGAGUGCGACAUGGAGUCCAUCAUCCGCAGUGAGCUCAUGGACGCCGACGGGCUGGAUUUUAACUUUGACUCCCUCAUCUCCACACAGAACGUUGUUGGUCUGAGCGUGGGGACCUUCACUGGUGCUAAGCAGGCCUCAUCUCAGAGCUGGGUGCCAGGCUGAAGGACCGCUGAGGAAGGGGAAGUGGGCGAAGCAGACCCUCAAACUGACACAAGACCUACAGAGAAAACCCUUUGCCAAAUCUGCUCUCAGCAAGUGGACAAUGAUACCGUUUACAGCUUAACGCCUUUGUGAGUCCCACACCAUGUUCCUAGCCCAGCGGAGACUGGUAACGGCCCCUGCCCCAGGGGAAGCACCUACCCUUGGAACAGGACCCUGUGCACAGUAUGCAGAAUCUUCCUCUACGGGCGAUGAGCCACCUGCCAGCGAAGGACAGCGCCCGGUCAGCACCCCACCUCCUCCAGAGCACACCCGGAGCCCCCACUGGCUGUCUGUGGUGGUUAAAUACUGCGAUGGGUUAUGGGAUGUUUUAAGUGUUGUUUUUGUGUUUGUUUUUCCUGACUUUUGAGUUUUUCUCAUGCAUUAACUUGCAGUAUUUUUAUGUUAAAAUGUUGAUCAUCUUUGACCUGGCAGAUUUAGAAACAAGGAAACUGUACCCGUUACCAUUCUGGCUUUGGCAUCACGAGCACGGGGCCAUGGAACUCCAUCAUAAACUAACAAGCUGCACAAACUAGAGGGGGAUUGCUUUCUUCUUUUGUUUGUUAGAGAACUACUCUUUUCUAAAAACUGAGCAACAGCACACAUGUUGGCUGUGCACACAGUCAGGGACUGGGCUGUGCACAGGUGGAAGCGUUGGCGCGCUGCCCAGGCCGCAUGUGUUUCGGCCCCACGCCGGGUGGUCAGGGGUCAGGGGUCAGGCCCUCACGCCUGCUCUGCAGUUGCCAGACAAGUAGGGCCUGUCGCCUCCCGUCAGCAGCCUCAGCUAAUGCAGUGAGCAGUGAAGGGACGUUGGUUAGAAACGAGGACCUGCUCCAGGCAGAAAGGAGCUCGUCUGUCCACGCACUGCCAAAUGCCACUUCAGGGUUUACUUUUAAAGAGGGAAAAAAGUCCUAUUUUGCUUUGCAGAAGAAAUGAACUUCCAGGUGAGCAUUAAACCUGCAGUGAGAAAUGUGUGAAAAGUACAAACCGAAGUCACUAUUUUCCUAAAUACACACCCUUGAUUACUUUCAGCCUUUCUGUGUAUGAUCCGAUCUGCUAGAUGUGUGAGAGGCAGUAGCAUACAAAUUGAUUUUAUAUAUGUAUGUAUGUAUAUAUGUACAUAUAUAUAUAAGCUUAGAUUGUAAUUAUACAAGUGACAAUGGAAGUAUAAGAUAGGGCAGUUUUAAGGUUUUUUCCCCCACUUUCUUGCUUCUCUGGAUUUCAUUUUGUUUUCAAGAAGUCAUGGUGCUGUGUAGGUGCUUCUGUUUGACCUGGAAAGUGUGAUUAUAUUAGUUACCCUCGGUAGACAGAUAGCUGGGAACACCUUUGGUACGUAGGAAGCUGGGGUGAUGACGCUCUGAUAGCACAGUGUAUGCAUACUUCUCCAAAGUGGUAUAUGAAGACUCUUUUAUUUGCAUAAAAGGCAUUAGGCAUAUAAAUGUAUAAAUAUAUUUUAUCAUGUACAGUACAGCAACGGAGCAUUCUGCAUGGACGUUAGGAACACAGGCUGGUAUUCCACCACAGACCUCCCUGCAUGAGUUCUCACUGACGCUUGCACCGUGCGGUGGGCGCGGCUCCUUCCCCCGCUGCUCGCCGCCAGGGGCCCCUGUGCACCUUUGCUUUGUAAUUCCUCUUGGGUGGUGGUGGUGGGGGGGGUAACAGCUCCUGCAUAAUGGAAGCUCCAUUUGGCAUUGUCACACAUCCCUCCUGCCUCGUUGGGGCCGUCGCUCAGUGGCCCUGUUGCUUUCACCCCACCUCUUACUGAUUCUGUAAAUUGUGCAGUUGUGAUUAUAGUAGACCUGUAGCAUAACGCCUUUUCUAAACUGCUACACAUUUAUAAUCUUCAUUUUAAAAGUAUGUAUAAUUUUUUUUUAAACAUGUAUCCUAUUCACGUGGUCUGCUUGUCAGUGAGACAGGCUUUUGCUAACUAUUUUUUUUACAAUAAUGCUGGCCGCUUCUUGAUUCUUUGGUCAUCUGCUGGACACACACACUGUGCCGUGUCAGCGAGGGAGGCUGCCCCUCUGGGGCUUGACGUGGCACCGCUGGGUGAGGCUGCAGUUCUGAGAUGGCAGCGGCCGCUGCAGGGAGUGGGGUGGGGGUGCCCAAUGCCAGGCAGAGCCCCGAGAGCUCCCCUGAGCUCAGAGAGACAGGCUAACGAGUAGCCAUUCACCCUUGCAGUUUUGUAGACCCUGGGAGCAACUUUGGGAGUGAGGAAAGCCACCCUCCAUGGGUUUCAACUCCAACUGUUGAAUUCCUUUCAGAUUUGUGGUAUUUCUUUUUUUUUUCCUCUCAAUGUUUAUUAAAUUUCAGGCAGAAUGUCUUACAAAAUACCCAGAAGCAGAUUAUAACUUAACCUAAAACAGCUGAGGGAGGGACCGAGGCAGUAGGAGAGCAGGCAGCCCAGAGCCCGUCAGGAGCGUGGACGGGGAGGAUACUGUGACCGCAAGAGCAUCUCCAUGCGGAGCGUCGUCGAGAGCUGAGGUCAGAGCCGUCAGGAGCCAGCAUCGGCCCCAGGAGGGGGUGAGGCCGGAAUGGGAUGGGGCAGCAGCCCCGCUCAGCCUUGGCCACCCGGGCUUCCCGCCCAGAGGCCCGGCUCCGCUAGACUCGCCCACUGGGUUCUGAGGCGGGCAGACUGGGCAGAGGUGUGACCUCAGUCCUCUCACUUAAGAGACCCUGCUUUCAAGAAGGGACAGCUGCCAGCCACCAGGUGCGUGCUGAGGGUCAGGGGUCCCUCACAGUGAGUGACCUGGAGCAUCUCCACAGAGUAUUUAGUAGCCCCAGCGAGCCUGGAAGCUGUGACGUUUGCAUCCCGAUGAGCUCUACCUGAGGCUUCUGCCAGCCUCUAAAUAAGCUGCCCAGGGUACCUUCUACUUGCUGGUGGGAAAUCAGAAAGAGGACUGGUGUUCAAAGUAUGACAGGCACCCUGGGGCUCUGGUUCUCUUCAGGACUCCAAAACCCGAUACCUUUUACCAAAGUCAGAAAAGAGCUUUAUCAUAAGCCUUCACUGUCCUGGUGUGAGGCCUGACUGCCAGGGUUGGCGAACCCCAUGAACUGUGAAUGAAUCGGAGGUUGGCUUCCUUUAUUGCAUCCUCUACAAUAUAAUGAUUGCUGAAACACGUAUUUUUUUAACUUUAAGAAGUUUGUCUUUCCCAGUGGGAGGAGCUGCACACAUGUGGAAGACAAUAUGAGAGUGUGUGCAUGUGCGUGUGUGUGGUGGUGGGUUUUGGCGUGUGUGUGUGUCACUUUCCCACCCUGAGGGAGGAGGCUCACUGCUCGGGGCCUGUGUGUACCCAGCUCGUGGUGUCCUUUCAGGCGGCUUCCGAACUUGCUAACGAUGCUGGGAGCAGACCUUAUCUCUACCUAAGGAGCCCCACUCAAAGAAUAAGGGAACCCUGAUCCCUUGGGAACACCAGUCCCGUCGCACAUGCUGAUGCCACACGCUGUCAGUGGGGAACAAAAGUAUGACCCUUUUUCUCUGAAAGCAGAAACAAAACCCUACAGCUCUGAACUCUGAUUUCCUUUUUCUUGCUAUAUUUAGGGAACACUAUAUGAUUAGGCAUAAUUUUUUUUUAAUUAAGAAAAGUAAACUUUUUUGUAGAAAAGCAAUCACUGGGAAAGAGGUACGAGAAAGCCAGCCUGCCCCAGAGACGGGGGCGGGGGAGCACCACGGCAGGAGGUGAAAUCCCAGCUGUCACAUCCUAACAGAGGUGCCCAAGGAGCUGAAACAAGUACAUUUGAUCCAGAUCUUUGGUGGGAGUGUUUUAUGCAGUUUGAAUGAGUGAACUAUUUCCCUCUUGUUUAGUUUUAUUUAUGUGUGGGUUUAUUUUUCUUUCUUCUGAUGAAUGAUUGGUUCUGAGGCCUCUGCCACACUCCAGAAAUAUUUGUGCGGCUGCUUUAAAAACCUGUGUGCCUGGUCACUUACUCCUCCCCAAUUAUCUCAUUGCCUGGCAAUCAGUCUUCUCUUGUAUAUUUGUCCCAGCACGUUUUGUACACAGGAAAUGUAAACAGGUGUGAAGGAGGACCAGAAAAAUUAGUUAAUAUUUAAAAAAAUGUAUUGUGAAUUUUGGCUUCACAUGUUUAACUUUUUUUUAAGAAAAAAAGUUGCAUGAAUGGAAAAAAAUCUGUAUACAGUAUCUGUAAAACUGUCUUACCUGUUUCAGUUCCUCACUCACACCCCAUACAGACUGUAAUUCAGUGUGGUGCGUGGCCAUACUCAGCCCCUAAGAGUCAGGCAGUCGACACUUUGGUUUGAAGCGCCUCAUCCUUUCUUUCAGAGCGAACACUAUCAUGUUGCAUUCUCCCUGAGGAUUUUAUCUAACUGUAUGUUGCCAUGAAUUAACUCUACCGUCUUUCUUUUCAAGAAUCAAAACCAGUUUGAUUUGGGAACCUUCCCCUUUCCAAAUGAAAUGGAGAUGCAGUACUUUCCUCAGUGUUUGUAGAUAUUGCCUUGUGUAUUCCAUUUAAAGCCAUCAUCUAGUUUGUAAAAGAUGGUGACGCAUGUAAAUAAAGCAUCAGUGACCUUC